AUGACAAGGAAAGUGCCAACUAAGCUAUCAUGGAACUUCAAGAAGGCUGACUGGCCUAGAUUCACAUACCUUUUAGAGAAUAAACUUCACACAAGUCCCCUCAACUCCAACCAACAUCCUGACAAACUUUGCAACUAUAUCACAAAUAUAAUGAUCAGAUGUGCAAAGAAAUUGUUUCCUCGUGGCAAGACUAAACACUAUCGAGUGUUUUGGUCUAAACACCUUGAGGAAGUGAAAAGAAAGAGGGUCGCCCUUAGCAACACUGCUGAUCAGACUGAAAGAACGGAGGACGUACAAGCCUGGAGGCGACAAUCAGCUGUCCUCAGGCAAGCCAUCUUACAAGCUAAACGGACUUCCAUCGACAAGUUCAUCUCAAAUAUCAACUAUCAAAGUGAUAGCCAACGCACUUUCAAAUUUCUGAGAAAC